CAACACCGACAAGUCAUGUAUCUGGGUCAACGACUGUGUCCUCAGCUGCGACCACAACUUCUGCUUUGAAAUGCAACCACGACAGCUGCCUUCGCCAACUUAUGCGAUCAUCCACGGCGGGGUUUUGUGCUUCCUUCACUGCACCGUCACACACUGCUACGACUGGACUUCCAGACUUCGCUUCUAAGUGUGACUCGCCAUCAAGAAUCUCUUCUGCAUGCUCGUGCCUCGAAACCGGUCCCUCUUCUACCCCUCAACUCUCAACACCGACUCCGAUAGUUACCUACUCGACGCCGGCAAACUCCCUCUCAUCUUCUGCUGAGAUCACCUCUUCAGGCAUUGGGAUUGCAACAUCACUGUCACACAGCUCAAGCAGCAGUUCAUCUAGUUCUCUUCCCUCGGUCUCAACUUCGAGUCCAGUCGUCAUCUACUCCACGCCAACAAUAUCGGUGUUCAGUUCUGCUCAGAACACAUCUACAGGCAUAGACUUUGCAACAUCCCUGUCACACAGCACACGCAGCAGUGCAUCGAGCUCGCUUGUUAGCAGUAGUGAGGGAGUAACCACGGUCUUCUUGACAUCGAGCAUUAUCCAGACAGUCAGCACGUCUGUCAGUGGCCAAUAUUCUUCCUCCAGUUUGGGAACAGCCUCUUCUGGAAUUCUGCUUUCGUCCAGUUCGUCGGUUACUUAUCCAAACUCAACAUCGAGCGUGGUAACUUCUGUGUCUGGAAGCCUGUCGACAACUCCAUCAUUGGGCUUCACUAGUUCUUCUGUCCCACAAACAGCACCUUACCAAACCACCAAUUCGUCAACACUCGCUGGAUCUAGCUCGUCGAACUUGGGAACUCUAACAUCUGAAACAUCGGUAGGGACUUCGCCAUACUCAUCCGGGUUUUCGUCAGGUGCUCCAUCAAGUUCCUCGACCCCACCAUAUCCUCUCAACUCGACUUCGAGCGCUAUUGGUGUCACGGGAACCAGCUCUGGAUCUGUCGCAUCCCUUUCGCAGACGUCGGUGAUCACAGUGACUCAAUCGACCUGGUCAAGUGUCCCAUUGGGAACCGGUGUGUCCUCGCAGGUAUCCAUUUCUGGCACACUGCCUUUCCCAUCCAGCAGCGCUCCGUACCCAAUCUACAACACUACCUCAUCUGUUGUGGGCACUGAAACAGCCCCUUCGCUGACCAGCACCCCUUCAUCAGCGAUCGUGUCUGGGGGAAUCAGCACAUCUUCCGGAAUCGGUAGAGUUACAACACCGCCGUAUUCGAGAUCAAACUCGACUGUAACAGUUGGACCGACCAGAACUGGAUCUUAUCACCAUUCUAAGUCGAAGACUAAGUCAACCGAAUCCAGAACAGACUCUUUCAGCGUUUCUGGAGGCUGGACUUCCAUCAUUGGGUCUUCAAGCGCACCGUAUCCAACUUACAACCAAUCCUCUGUCAUUCUCUCAACUGGAUCUGGCGUUUUAACGCCUUCGACCAGUUCAGUUGGCCCCUUGAGCACUGGUUCUUCUUCGUCGCCCAGCGUUUCAGGAGGUGUCGUUAGUUCGUCUGUGGGAACUUCCAGCGCCCCUUACCCCACAUACAACUCUACUUCUUCCGCUCUGUCAAUCGGAACAGGCAGUACAGCAUCGCAAACCACGAGCAACAGCGGUUUCGCAACCUCACUCUCGUCUGUUUCCAAUUCUACCUCCGUCGCUGGUCCCACAGGAACCGGUAGCCUGUCAAGUUCACUUUCGGCCUCCCAAACCGUCAAAACUCUGCCAUAUUCGACUCCAUUAAACUCCACGUCCACGAUUGGACUGACAGGCACCGGAUCGUCGACGAGCACAACGCCAUCGGCUGGCCCAGAGACCACUUCAUGCACAUUGGAGCACACUGUUCCGUUGUCCACUGGCACUGGAUUAGGUGGCGUUUCCUCUUCGUCGGUAAUUUACUCCAACACCACUUCCCAGAGUGCCUCGUUCUCUUCCACUGCUGCAGGUAAGAGCGACCCAACCAUCUCACGACUUGUGUGGGCUGACUUAUCUUCGUGCAGGCACAAUCUCCUCGACCUCCUCAACAACUGAGGUAGAUACCACGAUCACCCAAACCUCAUCGGUCCUCUCAACUGCCGUGACUUCCAUUGGUACGGCUUUCAGCACCAGCGCACCAGCUGCCGGCAAUAGUUCUUCGGUCUACUACACUCCCCCGACGUCAAGCCUCCCAAGCAGCACAACCGCAAACUCGGGGGCUUUCACGUCUCUCAACUCCAACUCAAGCGCUCUCACAAGCCCUCCGUACACUACGCCGUCGACCCUAUC